AUGAGCAGUAGAAGUUACAGGCCACUGUUGCCGGCCAACCCCAGUAGCAAUGAGCAUCAAGGAUCAGGCGGCAACACGCCACCAAAUAGGCACAUAGAACAGCGGCGUCGAAAACGAAGUGGAUUCUAUGCCUGCGACGAAUGCCGCCAUCACAAACGCCGGUGCGAUGGCGGCCGCCCCGACUGUGGCAGUUGUGUGAAAUUCCGGCUGCAGUGUAUCUACAGCGCUGAUAUCAGAAGAGAGACGGCCGAAGCUCAACGGAGUCGGCAAGAUAUCCUCCAUGUUCUGCGGACGGCGCCAGAAACUGAGGCUAUGAGCCUUCUUCGGCGAUUGCGAGCCAGCCGCAAUCCUCUAACUGCAUUAGCAUCGUUGCAAGGGAGUAUGAGCGGGCAAUAUCAGCCGUCAACUAUCCGAUUUGCCCGGUCUGUAUCCUCGCCUACUUCUUCCAUGCUAGAGUUCGAGUUAUCAGCCAGUCAUAGCUUGCCAUAUCCCCGGCUGUUCCCAACAGAUAUUGCUACGAUCAGCCUUGCGCCUCUUGCACCCCUAGCCGGCGUGUCGAAUGGAAGUAGUAAACGCCUGCUGCCACAACCCAAUAAUACGGAAGAACCAUUUUGUGAUACCCGACUCGAACAGCUUGAUAUUACACACUGGACCACAGUACCUAUCGAUAACAGCACUGCCUCGAGUGUCAUUUCUACUUACUUACGGAGCAAUCAUGCCCUAUGGGGCUUCUUCCACGCGGACCUUUUCAUCCGUGAUCUAGUUGCGAAGAAAACCGAUUUCUGUUCGCCGUUCCUCGUCAAUGCUCUGUUAUUAUACGCAUGUCAAACAUACGGCAUAGUAGACCCUCAAAUACCCUUCCUGAAGAGCCAAUUAUCCCUUGAGACCGGGAGAAUGUGGCUCGCUGGACGUUCCAACGACUCGGUGUUAAAUCUUUCAGCCAUACUGUUGUUUUCUCUCAGCUGCCACACGACAGACUGCGGCGUGCCGCUGUCGGAAUUAUUGGACGAUGCCAGACGGAUGGCCGAGCGCCUUCACUUGUUUGGGGAGUCAGACACGGCCAAAGUGCUCAGUACCUUUUCCACUCUCAGCGAGGAUCUCAAGAGGGCGACGGCACACGUUGCUUGGGGCGCCUAUGGAUGGAUGACGAUCAACAUGAGCUAUACAUCUGUUAUGACACCUAUCGACUGCCCUCCAUUAUUCCCCAUUCCGAGAGUAAACUUGGAUCUGUCAGGAGAACAUGAUCCUGGGUCUCAAUGGGUCAUUGACCAUUUGCCAUCAUACUAUGGCAAAACUUUCACGUCACUUUGCGAAUUUUGGAUCAUCCUACAAGAAAUCGGAACGGUUUGUCGCCGUGGGCAGGAUCCCGCCGACAUACCUCCAGCCUUCAUCGAGCAGAAAUUCCAAAAGCUUGUACAUUGGGCAGACCGUCAAGGAGACCAAAUGGUCUUGGACGACAACAGUCCUGACCCAGUCAUUGUCUUCCACAUGUUUUUCCACUGCGCCGUUCUGGAUCUGUUCCUCCCAUUCUGGGACAAUCAACGAAUCCAGCGAUUGUCCUCCUUCUCCUCUUUGGACGCAUCACCCCAGGCUCUAUGUCGCGCGUCUAUCAACCAACUCAAACAUCUCCUAUCUGUAUGUCGCACCAGCCGCCACUCCGUCCUAGCCAGCACAGCCACCGCGGCCAUCGUCCACUUGUGCCACGCCAUGAUACGAGAUGGCAGCAAUGCCCGUUCGCAAAAGCAACAGAACAACUCACUAGCAACGCCUAAUGACCUGGAUGAAACCGAUACCGAUAUAUCAGAACCAGUGCUUUCUUACGACACUGACUGGCACUUUUACUUCCUUCUCUGCGUAGCCAGCUGUCAGGACAUGCUGCUCUGCUUUGACUUGGCCGGUCCGAUUUUGCGCGGUCUCCUCACAAUGGCUCUGCGCGACGGCGCAAUGUCGGCGGCUGAGGCUCGCACGCUCAUCAAGAAACUCGAGUCUCGAGAAAAGACUCACUCGGCUGAAGCUCUUUAUGGCGACUCCGGAGACGUUCUUGUUGAUCUUGGGCUUGCGCUUACGGCGCCGGAGGAAGCGCAUGCCCGGAACCUCUCCCAAAUGUUUGAUUCGCUGUUGACAUUUGAAGAGUUCACACAGAACGAGGAUUAUAACGGAUGA